UUGCCCUUGGGCCUGCUGCUGCUUUCUCCGACGGACGGGAGAAGAGGAGAAGAAGAACAGAAGGGGGAGACUCGAUAGGAUCGCACUAUCGAUUUUGCCCCUCUGUACCCACCAUCCAAGCACCCCGCUCCUCCCCGCGAUAGCGUAUUGCGCAGGGCACCUCCCUUCUCGGCCGACACACACCUUAGCUACCUACGGUACCUACCUACAUUGGGUACCUGAGGCACCCCUCUAGUCUCCUAUCUUAUCUACCCCACAGCCGCCCAUUCACACACACACACACCCCCGUCCUCCUUGGCCGCCCUACCAGCGGAUGCAGCCGGGCACUCUAGACUGAGGACCUGAAUUCGCUUGGAUUCGUGCGGCACUAAGCCUCUUGGGGGAAGACACCAUGGCGAGCAACGGCCAAGGCUCUGGCUCAGCACGCGCUGUGCACUAUCUACACCAUCCAGGGGCCGCUCCCGAGCACCGAGCCCAGAAGCCCCAGAUCAGCGCCCCCACCGACAUCGGCUACAGCAUGCACCGCUUUCUGCACCCCGAGCACCACGUCGACGAUCGGUACCUGCGAUCGCCCCCAGGCUCGACACCGCUCACCGAGGACCAGUCCCGCGCGCGCAUCGCGGGCAUCCUCGAUUCCUUGGCGCUGGACAGCGUGCUACGGCCUGCUUGAAACUUGGAUCGGUCCGUCUCCAGGCCUCGUCGAAGCAUGUAUUCUAUUGUGUAUCUAUCGUCCCCGUCGGACGACGGCUGGGUGUCGCGCCUCGCACAGCGCGGCAGCGCCGGCUAUCUCUACUUGGCA